UCCAAGGAAAUCUAUUGUGGUACUUCUUCCAUUCUUUCUCCUGGUCCUGGUCUGUCUGGAGGGGCCAAGUCUGCUAGCAGAAACCCGAUACAAGCCAAAUACCCAGCUGGAUUCAAUGCAUGUAGCAGUGUGGCCAGUACUUCCCUCCUGUUCUUCCAGACAGACUGUCCCCUGAAGUCAUCUUGUAGUGUGGAGUUACUUUUGAGGCCACUGGGUUUUUGUCUGUGUUUGGAGUCUUCAUUAUCUUCCCCGCAGUCCUCUUCCACUUCAUCAACAAGAAGCUCUGCUUUGAAAAGAGAGGUGGACUCCCAUGUCUGGAACAACAAGGGAGAAGAAAACACUACAAAGAAAAGCCCAGAGUUCAUGAGGGCCUUGGUCUGUUGACAGCUGUAACCAGAAUGUGUGCGCUUCAGAAAAGCUCCCUGCAUUAUAAUGACAUGCUGGCAAACCUGAACAACUGAUCACCAGAUACUGGCAUAGUGUUAAACAUGGCUUCUGAGGCUGCUCAGAAUUUCCUUCAGCCACUGUCUUCUUGGAUGUCUCAAAUAUAUGAAGCUAUCCAACAAGCGGGAGACUCUAUAUCAGCUUCACUGCUGAAUUUGAGUGGAGUGGGUCGUAAGUCAGAAGAAGAGAGGAACCAGGACUUGGAGAAUAAUGGAGGAUUAUUCUUGGAGAAUAAUGAGGAUUAUUCUGAGGAAUCAGAUGAUGAACGACACCUGGACCUCUGGGAUGAGGAAUAUUUAUAUCCUAUUGAAGAUGGUCACAUUGGGGGUCCUGAUCUUGCUUCACAAGACCUCCCUCGUGGUUCUGACAUGAGUCUGCACAGGCAAAAACGGUUUAAAAAUACCAGCAGUUUACCAGACCAGUGUGUUGAAAGCACCAAGUCUUUGAUGGCCAAUGGAUCCUACUGGAUGAAUGAAGAUCUCCAGCCGCUUGAUCGGCUUCCCCCCAUCGCUGAGGAAGAAGGUGAGCCCUCUGUGAGGAUGGGAGGUCAUAAGCACAACCUCAGCUUGGGUGGCUCCUUAAAAAGUAAUAAUGGCAAGGCAAGUUUUGCAGUAAACAGUUACAGGGAGGAUGAAGAACAGACAGCAUCUUCAGGCUGCGAUGAUGAGGUGAUUAAGCAGUUUGAGAUCUCUGUGUCAUGCUCACAAAGUUUUCGAUCAGAAGUAUCUGAAAAAGCAACAGCAGCAGGCGUGGAGCGUAGACCCAAAUUCAGCCGUUUGCUCUCCAGCCAUGAGGAGUACAGGACAGAGGUAUCUGAAUGCAAAGAUCUGGAUGGACUAAGCCAACUGAGUUACCAAGACAACCUAUCCUAUCGUGAAGAUGACCAUGUAUCUGUCGAUUCAAGAACAACAACUGAGAGUAGGGGCACUGGGCAGCGUAAAGGGCCUAGGAUGGAGUCUGGCAUUGCUGAUGGUGUUAGCUGGCAAGCCACGGAAGGACGCUUGGAAACGGCACCAGCAUCUACCGACCAGGGAUUUGAAGUAAAUGAUGCUACUGACAGCUCAUCAGCUUUGAGCCCCGAGGAACAUAAUGAAGUGAGCAGCAUAUUAGCUCAUCAUGGUGCUCAUGAGCCUAUCUGUAAAUGCGGUGAUCUAGAUGUCAUCUUGAACUAUAAAGCCUCAAGUCAAAAGCUGUUAGUUACUGUCUUGGAGGCCAGGAAUAUCCCAGACAAAGACCGCAGUGGUGUGAACACCUGGCAGGUGCACACAGUCCUGAUGCCUAGCAAGAAACAGAGGGGUAAAACAAGUGUUCAGAGAGGACCCAUCCCCGAGUUCAAGGAUAAAAUUACCUUCAGUAAGCUGGAGCCAGAGGAGUUAAGCAGCCAUGCCAUUCGUUUCCGCCUCUAUGCGGUACACAAGAUGAUUGGAGAGAAGAUGAUGGGAGAGCAGUUGUUCUACCUAAGCAACGUUAUCCAGAAAGGGGAAGUGAAGGUGACAUUGGUCUUGGAGCCAAGGAGUAACUUGAGCAGUGCAGACUCUCAGCUUAGUCUGUCAGCAAUCUCUCACAGUGAUAGCGCUUCUUCAACACAGUCCCUGUCGCAUGGAGGGGUGCCAGAGCUGCUCGUGGGAUUGUCGUACAAUGCCACUACGGGGCGGCUGUCAGUGGAGAUGAUCAAAGGCAGUCAUUUCCGAAACCUCGCAAUUAAUAGGCCACCUGACACCUACGGAAAGCUCUGCCUGCUGAACUCGGUGGGUCAGGAGAUGUCUCGCUGCAAGACCUCCAUCCGCCGAGGACAACCCAACCCUGUCUACAAGGAAACUUUCAUCUUCCAGGUUGCCCUCUUCCAGCUCUCUGAUGUCACACUAAUGAUCUCCAUAUACAACAAACGCAGCUUGAAGCGCAAAGAGAUGAUCGGCUGGAUUUCUAUGGGUCAGAACAGCAGCGGAGAGGAAGAGCAGAGUCAUUGGCAGGAAAUGAAGGAGUCGAAAGGGACACAGGUCUGCAGGUGGCACACGCUACUGGAGUCCUAGGGUUACCGUGGCAGCCUGCAGGUCCUGGAACUAUGGGCUGUCUUCCCUUGUCCUCAGUCAGCAGAAAGCAGCUAUCCGAUGGCAAGCGCCAUGCUCUGAGAGGUCACGUACACUUUAACCUGACUUUUCAGUGUCAGCAGUCACGGGUAUUAAAGGUGGCAAGGCCUGUGAAGCAAGUUUAGUUCUUGUCUUUCCAGGUUGUCCUGCAUCUUUUACAUCCAAAUAAUAAAUCCUAGGAAGAAACGGUGGGAAUACCUACAAUACCCUUUCCUUGGUCAUUGUCUUGCUCAUUUUGUCAUAGGCUUCAUCAUGACAGACUGAUUUUGAUACUGUUUUCUUCUGGGAUAAGCUCUCUCUUCCCUUCCUCCCCUUAUUUAUAUUAAUGAAGUUUGCAAAUAUUCUUCACACGCAGAUAGCUCACAGAAAGGCUAACCUGCAUGCAGAUCACGUUCUUUCCCUUUUAUUAUUGUGUUUCUAAGUCCUAGAAAUAAGCAUUUGAUACCACUGCAGACUGGAUGAUAUAUUUUUCAGCAGCAUGGGAAAGCACUCUUGAAUUCUGUCAACUUUUAAGUGCCUAGACAUUACUACUGUUUUCCUGUACAAAAAAAUUGAUAUUAGGACUAAACACUACCAGUAUUUUCAAUUAGGCAUCCUGUGCAUCCUUGUUAGCCUGCAUUGCCAUAGGUUUGCACGAGAGGUAACUAGCAUCACUUUUAUAUUGCAAUUAUAGAAUGCAUGUUUAGAUGCUUACUUGAAGUUCAUGGCUUCUGUCAUCAUGAAUACCAAAAAAGACCAGAACAAGCUGCACAUCCACCUUUGUGCCUGAAUCACUCUACUGCAUCACUGUUUUGCCCAUGUGUUACUUUGUUUUUUAAAAGUAAGGUUCAUUCAGGAAAGCAUUUCUGUGAGCAUUACACAGGAAGGCUUUAGAUCCAUGAUUUCUCUGUGAUUCAGUUAAGCACAAUUCAGUUUGCUGAGGGCUACUCUUCAAAUGUGCUAUUCUGUAAUAUCUUCUUGGGAUAUGAAAGGGGACUGGUUUUGGCGCACUGAGCAGUAGAGGAUGCCAGAUCAUGUCACCUCAUCUUUGGGGUGAACUCUCCUGCAGGCAAGGAAUAGCAUCUGGGGGACCUUCUAGAGGGGCUGCUGGCUCUGCUGAACUAACACCAGCGAAAAGUAUUAUGCUUCCUGCCUCUAACUGAAAACACUGCAAGGAGCAGGCUUGCUGGAUGAGGCGAUGACACUUUUAUGUAGUUACUUUUCAGACUAUAUUUUCAUUUUCCAUUUUAAUCUUUUUUCCGGUCUCUGCGAGUUGAAGUUGUGGAGACAAUGGCUAGGGGACGUGUCUUAGUCUGCUACUUGACUACUGAAAGUUUAGUGGUUGUUAGCUGUUGCGAUGCUGUGUGCAGAGGUUGUUCAUCCCCUAGUGUAGUGAUGGUAUGUAGGCAGUAAGGUGCUGAGAUCUUCAAAUCCUAUCAGCUGCCCAGUCUCCUGUUCUCUGUGCUCUCUAGGAGAGGACUGGCAUUUCUCCAGUCCUGCUGAUAGCAAGACACAGGAAAUAUUUUGCUGAAAAGGUUUGUCUCAUUUACUGAGACCUGACACCAAAUUCUGCCUCAUACUGCACCACGGCUGUCUCCUUCCCUUCAACGGUGCUGUGCAAAUCUAACCAGUGCAAAUUUUUGGCACUGGCUAUUUGACCAAAAUUGAGCCUCGGUGCUGGUUUGCAUCACAUCCAGGCUAGCCAGACCCUGCAGACACCCUGCAUGUGGUGUGAUACACACAGGUUAUCACUUGGUGUCCUAUGCACAGGCUUUGUCUGUCCUCAUGAGGCAGACAGAAUAGUCUGCAUGUAGAAGAAUUUCUGGUAUAGGUGAGACAGAUUAUUCUACAGACCAUGGUUUUAUAUAUUCUUAUCACUUACCUGUCUGAGCAUCGUUUUUCUGGUAAGACUCGUGGGUAUGCUAUGCAGGAGGGUUGUCCUCCACUGCCUAGACAAGCUGGCAUAAUAUCUGCUUUGCACUGCUGGGUCUUUGUAUCACAAAGCAGGAUCUAACCCAAAUACAGCUCAGUAAGCAAAUACAUUUUUGACUGCACUGUCAAUGCUGUUGUAUUACCAAUGUGAGAGAAAAUGAGCGGUAACCAGCAGAAUAGAAAUGUUUUUUUUUAUCAUGUACUUUUCUUCUGGAAAAAGAAAAAAGUAGAGGAAACAGCCCAAUUGAAAAAGUGCAUUUGCUGAUUUCAGUUGUUUUCCAAUAUGCAUCUUUUUUUUCUGAACUGCAUACAAUGUGUAUACAAGUGUUUAUAAGUAAUCUUAUUAUCUGGGAUGUGUAUGUAUAAUAAACUUACUGAGAGUCUCUUCAUGACUUCUUGACCUUUUUAAGUGUUGUUUAUGCUUAAUGAUUAGCUAAGGGAAAAGUUUAAGUUGAUAAUACGUUUUAGCAGUGAACUGGAGAUAACUCAGAUUUAUAAGUAACAGUGUGAUUGAAAAAAAAUUCUUGGAAAAGAUAAUUUUAAAAAGCAGUGAAGUAAACUGAUUUUGGACUUCCAUGCCGUUUUCACGUCAAGAUCUUUUCUGACGAUCCAGCGUUAAGGGAGUUGAGUAUUGGGAGUGUUGGAAGUCCAAGGAAAGCAAGUGAAAAUAGGUUACUUAGUGUAAAUUAAUAUCUGAGCACAUGUUAAAACUUUGCUCUCAGAUGGAAGCAGGUUGCUGCAUUUGGCCUGAUGUUUCACCAGAAAAAAAAUGACGGGAAGGGAAAAGGGGUGAGGCAAGGGGAGCACUCUUUUAAUGGAGCUGUGGCUAAACCUGUUGUCACGUCCAUAUUGAGCAGUACAUUUGUGAGGUUCAGUAAAUUCAGAAGCAAUGAAGGAAUUUAGGAAUCUUGGGAUGAACACAGUGCUGGGAGUGCUCAUGCUUGCUCACUCUUUUGGGGAAUUUUUGUUGCUUUUGCAGUUUAUUUUUCUUUUCGGUAUUGAGGGUCUGUGAACUGAAGGCUUUGUAGCAGCUCCCCUGUAUUCCAGAGCUCCCGUAAUUCUUCCCAUUGACAGAUUGAAUUAGUCAUUGCUAAUAUUGAUACAGGCUGGGCUUGUGCUCAUGGUCUUUCUUAUGCAAAUACCACUGCCCUUUCAGUCGCUGCUUUAACCCCUUGUUUCCUUUAGAAAUGGCUGACAAGACUGAAUUUCCAGAAAGAUUUCCAUUCCUUGGGAGCCUUGACUUGUAGUUGGCUUUGAGUUGGCAGUGGUUGGUAGACCUGGGACCCUGCACUCCACUGACCUCCACCCACAUGGAUGCUGAUGCUGAUGACUGAUCUCUCCUUCUGUGGGGUUCCAAGAGGGGGGAAGAGCUGUGGGAUGUUCAGUGAGCAGGAAAGCAAUGGCUGACCUGGUUCUGGGAAUGCUUGGGCUCUUGCAAGUCCAGAUUAUGGACGUUUCAGAAUAUACUCAUGUUUUCUAAGAUAAUUCAUCCCCUUUUGACACCACUCUCUGGAAUCCCCUUGUAGCUUACUUGAAUUUUGAAAAAAGCCUGAAAAUCCACAAAACCAUUGUGUGAGAAGGAACUGACUGCACUGGCAUAAGCCCAGAAUGUUGUGGGCAAGUGCUCUGGAUGCAUCUCUAUCUUGAACAGUGUCAUUCAGCUAAUUGCAGUCUGUUCCUUCCUUGGUGUCUCUCCAGCCAGCACGCCCCUGUCCUGCUAGGUUCUGUGCUGUUGUUUUAUUUUUUGUUUUUAAUGUGUAUUGACAACAGAGCAGAAUGAUCUCACCACGUUUAUAUUCCCUGUAAUAAUGCUGACUUUCAACUGAUGCCCACAGAAAUGAGUACCUCUUUUAGCCCACUGAGCUACAGCUAUAGCUUACUGAAGUGCCCAUUUGUAAAGGCUUUAGUCUGCUACGUCGUUUGAUUUGUUUGGGUUUCCUUUUUACCUGUGUCUUUAAUUACCUGGACCCUGCUGUGGGCUGCUCGCUCCUGUCGCUCUGGCUUGUCUGUGUUUCCCUUGCAGGGUAAUAGGAGUUGUGCAGCUCCUGGGGCACACAGACAAUACCUGAAUGUAUUUUUAGCGGCUGAAGAUCCUGAGAAGUUAUUUGGUGCUUUACAUAGUCGACUGAUCUUCAGUCAUGAAUGUCUUUAGAUGUUCUUGGACACACAGAACCAAAGGCUGCCAGCUGCUAUUGAUCAUUUCUUCAGCAUAAAGCCUAAGGUGGCAGCUUGGCAGAGGAGCAGGCAUUUCCUCUGGUGGCAGUUCAUUUUCUCCUUCAGUUGAAGCUGGCGGUGACCUUGGAGCUAGUGUGCCUGUAGAGCUUUCUUUCCACUCCCAUAUUUAUCAUCAUCUUUAAUCUGUAUGAUCGCUGCACUUCAUCUCUCUGCCUCUCAGCUGCCUUCUGCCCUUCAGCACAAAAGGUGGACAGAAUGGCUGAGCAAAGAAUAUGGCCUUCCCUAUCGCAUUAUCCCCAGGCUGAAGGGGAGCUGACUCCUGCAGAGGUCAUCUUAAAGUUAUGAUGCUCAUUACCAAGACCUUGCCUCCCUGAUCUCUAGUCUACUUGUGGAGUUUGAAGCUUGUUGGUUGGGCUGUGUUACUUUAGUAAUUACAUAGUGACAUCCUUCACCUCAAUGUGGACUGAGUUAAUGACAGAGGAAACAACCUGUUCUGUUUUUGCUUUCUUAUUUUUUUUUCUUUUUUUUUUUUUUCAUAAGCAUCGUGUUCUGUAAAAGGACAACAGAGCCUGAAGGAAUUAGUAUGCAGGAGCAUCGGCUUUCUGUUUAAAAUGUACUAAGUGUGAUGUUUGCAACUAUGGUUUAAUGGAAAAAAACCCAACAGCCAGGUUUUGUAGAAGAGCUCACAUUUGAAUGAGGCAGGUUUUUCUCUUCAGCAUGCGCUACCCCAGCAAAUACGUUCUCAUACCCCAGGCAGUGAUGCUGGCUCCCGACUGAUCUGCUUCUGUGAUAAAAGCAGCCAGAAGCUGACAGAUCCUAAAGCUUGGAAAGACAUACAGGAUAAUUCAACAUAGCUGGUUUGGGUGUUUAUUUGGAAUCUGGUGCAGCUUUAACAAGCUGUCACGAAAGAAAUGAAAACCCCAACCAGUGGCCGGGAAGAUGGUGGGGAGGGAAGGCUCUCAGUGUGCUUGUGCUGCUGUAGGGCUGGGAGUUUACUCACUCUGUACUCCAGAAAGCAGCACAGCUGGGCUGCAGUGGCAUCAAGCCUAAGCUGAAACCCAGUGUCUCUGCAUGAUUCCUUAGCUUCAGAUCUGCUGAAGGCAUACAGAUUUUUUUUCUUUUCCUUUUUUUUUUUUUUUUUCAGUGCAGAGUGAGCUCGUGUCUUCCUGCAGCCUACGCUGUAGGCCUUAAGAAAUGAAUGUGUAAAUAUUUUGUCUCUCACAGCAGCCCAAGGUCAUCUUUCUGGAACAGCAAACAGGCACAGAAUCCAAAGAAGAUCAGUCUGUCAUGUGAGUAAGGUUAGCAUCUGCACUUACAAAUGACAAAGGCUAUUAAUCCUCAUGCUGUAAUCCCCAAGCUGUUUGCCAGCUGGCAGCAGGAAGAUGUUCCCGCUCAACCCACACAGCUAUCCAUGUUUUUUCACCUUUAUGAAGCAGAUAUAGGUCAAUACUGUAGCUUGGAUAAAGAACUUGGUAGAUACCAUUCAUCUCUCCUAGCGUUACGAUCCCUCUCUCCUCCACACAAGCCAUCUGUACAAAUGAGGGUGUAAGAGGAGAGCUGCAGGCUGGGCUCUCCCUGUGCUGCUCCCCCAAAAUAGAAGGCUGAAGGUGAGAUUUUUUUUUUUCCCCCUCCUGCUCCUGAAUUUGUCAUGGCAGGAUGAAUUUUGAGAUCUUGCUGCAGAGCUGAACAGCCUGGGCAAAGCUCUGUCACUAGUCAGGUCUUUAUACACAUUGCUGGGAAAACCCAGUGCUUGUAGAAAGCAGAUAAAAGUCCCGUGUUGAGAAUUUUUUGAUCCUAAUUUGGGAUCUUGCAUGGGUUUUGGGUAUUGCCCAUCACAGGGACAUAAAAUCCUGAAUCAGGUGAGGUACCACUCAGAAACAGAAGAAAACCGGCCACUUGGCAGCAAUGCAGGCAGGCUGUGAUAGUCUGUAUGAUCAUGCACAACAAAAAACUCUACGAUCACCAUGUUGCAUCCAGUGAGCAUUGGCCAGCAGAGGUUGGAAAAAGUUCAAGAGACCCAAAAGCCAGAUGGGAGCUAUGAAACUCCUUUCAGGCUUGUUAGUUGUUCAUCUCUUUAGAAAAUUGGAAAGCCAAUUGUUGGGUUUUUCUUGACAAAAGUGGUUUAACAGAAUUCACAGAUCCUUGGGCAGCUGCAGGUGCGAGGAAGUGAGGACAUCACCUCUUGGCUCUUGUGUUUCCUCACAGCUUUAAAUGGGUGACCAUUGAAUAGAUACCAGAUACUCUGGAGGUGUCUAUCCCCUGUAAUGUCACAGCCAGUUUGGGCUGAUCUCAUUGAGUAACAAGAGACAAAAAGCUGAUCUUGGCCAAGGGCGAAGAACGAGAAGGAUUCAGGAUUCAGACAAAAGCUAUAUUCUUUCCUGACUCCCACAACCAUUAAUUAGCCUUGACCUCCGGGGAAGGCAUUUUAUUGUGCCAAGUACUUCCCUCUCCCUUAAUUUCUCAGAUUUAGGAGAAGAUUGCAAAUUUCUGUCUUCAUUGGCAGCUGGGAAAAAUCAUACAAUUUUGCCAGCUUUCCUUAUCCUUGUUGUGUCUUGUUAACAGUUUCCAGGUGCUUUUUAUUCACACUGUCUCCACCAUCGCACCUCCUACCCUCUCAUUAAUGUCUACAGAGGUCUGCUCUAAGUCAGGUCCAUGCCUGGUGGCAAUAUUUUAGGUUCAUGGUGCUCAGGAUAAAACCUAUCCUCCAAUCUCUUGCUGUCACUACAUGGCACCUCAAGCACAAAUUUUUCAUUGAAACUGGUACCACACCUCUCCCGUAGUCCUCUGCUGACAUUGCUGUGUUUUUUGUUUUGCUGGGUUGUAUUCUCAGCUGUAACUUCAUUGACUUUUUCCCAGCAGAGGGUUUUGUUUGUCAAGAAGAGUAAAUGAAGUAAUCAUUUGGUAGACUUAGCAUUUAAAUUCUGCAUGGCAUUUAUAUGUGUGUAUAUAAAAAUGUUUUUUGUGGUAGAGUGCCCCAAGGCAUGAAGCACAUCUCAAAGUAUAUUUGACUGUUGAUUUAAAUAUAGUGUAUAUAAUAAGUUAUUUUUAGUGUGCAUUGGCGUCUUUCUAUAUUGGAAAUAUAUUCUAUAUGGGGUGUGUUGCCGCAGGACCGAGUUGUGAGCCCACUUACUGCAUCUGCCUCCUGGCAUUUAGUAGAAUAAUCUGCCCUUAAGGCUUUUCCUUUCGUUGCUGUCAUAUCCUCAGCACAGACCAUGGGCAGGUAGCAAGCCAGUUGGUAUUCUGAGUAAUUCAGCCCUGUGGCUGAGGGUGCAUCAGGAGUAAUAAAAAUCUCAGUUCUGCUUUCCCAGCCUGAGAUGUACAAGCACAAAAUUUAGCUAUAAAUCGAUCACUUUAAUAACAAUGCAGACAAAUUAAUAAAAGGGCCAGGACCCUAACUUCUGUUGGUGCAAAAGCAAGGCUUCUAGAGCUUGAAUUUAUUGCUGAAUUAUUCUUAUGGUAAAAAGAGAAUUAUUCAUACUGUGAAGGUUAUAAGAAACAAAUUCAUAUACCCUUUUCACUUCUGUAAAGUUCAAAGAUUUGCACUGAAAAUUGUACCUUCAAUCUAGUUAAUAAAUGGCUGAUAUUGACUGGUGAGGCCACUGGAAUGGUAUGAGCAUCAUUUCACUUGCACUGGGUGUGAUUGAAAGAGAUAUCUGAAGUGCAAAACUGUGAUAAAAAAGAUGAAAAAUACGAUGAAAAGAUGUUUGGAUAUUCAACAGGAAGAGUGGUACGGUUUUAUUCUUAGCUUUUCAUGUACUUGACAAUGAAACAUUUUUAUUCUACUUAAGUGCUAACGUGCAUGAUCAUACAAUAUAUUGCCUCUUGCUAAUUAUAUGCUGCGUUAGGAAUACUAAUGUCUAGAUGAUAUCUGACUGGAAAAAAAGCAUUAAACCCAGCUUCUGCAGAAUUCUGAGCUGAAAUUAUACACACACAUACAACCAUCCACACCUUAGAAACAGUCUUAUUUUGUUAUGGUGAACGCUGUUGUUGAAGGUUUUUAUCAAUAAAAUAGAAGCAGAUGGCUC